ACUGCAAUAGAAUUUAAUCCCAAAACGCAAAAAUGAAAAAAAAAAAACUAUAGUUGAAUCGAGUUUGCGUUGUGCUUGAUUUGUUUCAUUCUAUUCUUUCCUUUGAACUGAAGGUAGCAGUAGUACGGGUACUGAAUUGAUGGAUCUGAGAGGCUUCGUGAUAUUAGUGGGAAUACUUGUUGUGGAAAUUGCGAAUGGGAAUUUAGUGUUCCCGGUGGAGCGUCGGAAAACGAGCUUAAGUACAAUGAAAGCUCACGAUGACCGUCGUCGAGGUAGAUUUCUUUCCGCCGUGGAUCUCAACCUUGGCGGCAAUGGUGGCGCUACUGAAACUGGGCUUUAUUUUACAAAACUUGGACUUGGAUCUCCUGCAAAGGACUACUAUGUGCAAGUUGAUACAGGAAGUGACAUUCUAUGGGUGAAUUGUGUUGAGUGCUUAAAAUGUCCCAAGAAAACUGAUCUCGGUAUAGACUUGAUUCUCUAUGACCCAAAGGGAUCCAAAACUUCAGAAUUCGUUUCUUGCGAACAAGAUUUUUGCUCUUCCACUUAUGAUGGUCCAAUUCCUGGUUGCAAGUCUGAAAAUCCAUGCCCGUACAGCAUAACUUACGGAGAUGGAAGUGCAACUACUGGAUACUAUGUUAAGGAUUAUCUUACUUUUAAUCGGGUCAUUGGUAAUCUCAACACUGCACCACAAAAUAGCAGCAUCAUUUUUGGGUGUAGCAAUGUACAAUCUGGGACAUUGGGUGCAUCUUCUGAAGGAGCCCUGGAUGGAAUAAUUGGUUUUGGACAAGCAAAUUCUUCUGUGCUUUCACAGCUUGCUGCUUCUGGAAAGGUGAAAAAAGUAUUUUCACACUGUCUUGACACUAUUCGUGGUGGUGGAAUAUUUUCCAUAGGGGAAGUGGUGGAACCCAAAGUUAAUACAACUCCAUUGGUACCGAAAAUGGCACACUACAAUGUGGUUUUGAAGUAUAUUGAGGUUGAUAAGGAUGUUCUACAGCUUCCCUCAGAUAUAUUUGAUUCUGGAAAUGGGAAGGGGACAGUAAUAGAUAGUGGAACAACCUUGGCUUAUUUUCCAAGCAUAGUUUAUGACCAACUAACGACGAAGGUUUUGGCUCGGCAUCCUGGAUUGAAACUAUAUCUCGUUGAACAACAAUUUACCUGUUUUCAGUUUACUGGGAAAGUGGAUGAUGGAUUUCCAGUUGUCAAGCUUCAUUUUGAGGAAUCUCUUUCUCUGUCCGUGUAUCCUCACGACUACCUGUUCGAGUAUAAAGAUGGUAUCUGGUGUAUUGGCUGGCAGAAAAGUGUGGCACAAACUAAGAAUGGAAAGGACAUGACCCUUCUUGGAGAUUUGGUUCUAUCAAAUAAACUAGUUGUAUAUGAUCUUGAAAAUAUGGCCAUUGGAUGGACUGACUACAAUUGCUCUUCCAGCAUUAAAGUGAAGGAUGAAACGACUGGAAUAGUACAUACAGUGGGUGCACACAAUAUUUCUUCAGCUUCUACAUUUUUAAUUGGAAGAAUAUUGACGUUUUCUUUGUUGCUAACUGGCAUACUAAACAGUUUUAUUUACUUGGUUUUGAUAUGAGAGAUGUCAUUCAUUUGAUUUUGUUGUACCAUAAUUAUUUGAAUGAUAAGGUGUGUAGUGUGCUUAAUAUGGUAUAAUUUUACC